UGCAGAAGCAGAAGCCAUAAUAUCAACAGGACAUAGCUAAUAGUACUGUACGGAAGAUGAGAAUCUGAGAAAUGUCCAAAUUUUAGAUUGGAAAUGCUGUUUUUACACACAUGGACAGGACGUUUUCCGUUAAGAGUAUGAAAUUGGAAUACACGGAGGGGAAUUAAGUUGCUGGGCUGUGUUUUUGACAGAAACAUUGGCUUUUAUCAUUGUGACGCGCAGAUGAUAUACGCCAGCUAGCUGUUGUCAUUAGCUUGUUUAAACUCGGUGCGGUUCUCUUUUUUGGUUUCUAUUUAAUGUCACUGGUCUCUGGUACCACGUGUAGCCAUGGAGAGUUUGUACAAGCGGAAAAUGUUCGCGUCGAUGCGGAAAACCAAGGUGGCUGCAUCGAAGAAGCGACAGAUCGGCCUACCCGCAUCUAUACUGGACGACAGUGACGAAGGCUCCUUCUCCUCCUCCACCUCCGGAUCUCAGUCCGACUUCCAGAGCUCCCCAGAGGAGGACAGCGAGCAGGAUUACCGGGACCGUAGCGAGUCCGGGGCGACAUCCAGCGACGACAGUCGCUCUGUGACCCGCAGGAAGCGCUCGUUCCUGGCAAGGGACGACACUUCCUCGUCUUCCAGCCCCGGAGAGAAGGAUGAAGAAGGAGACGAGGAUGAUGAGAAGAGGAGCCAGCCGAAGAGGAUGGUGCAGCCGAGGAAACGGAGCAGGUUGCAGCCGCAGGACGACUCGGACUCGGACCGUGCGGAGGAGAAGCGGAGAGAGGAGGCGGAGAAGCUGAAGAGGAGGCAGAGACACAACAAGCUGCUGGCGCUGUCCCGCAGGAUGAAGGCCCGGGUCCCGAGCCGGAGGUGGAACCGUCUUAAGCAGGGUGCUGGCGAUGAAGAAGAGUCUAAAGAAGGUGAGGAUGAAGGAGGAGAUGGAGGAGAAGAGGCCAGCAAGAAAGUGGCUGCAGGAGGUGACGAAGAAGGCAAAGAGGAGGAGAAGGAGGAAGAAGGGGAUGGAGGGAAGAAAUAGAUCCACACAGUCAUGGGGAACAGAGGAGUAGUUUGAAUAUGAAGAACAGCAAUGAAAAAAUUUAAUGAAAUGACUUAUUGUACAUUUUUUCCUCCUGCAAGACUUCAAGUGGAAAACAAAAUCAAUUAGACUGGGCAUCACAAGGAUUUUGCAGGAAUAUCUUGUUGCCCAGAGGCUUUGGCCAGUCUUCUUUGACCUGAUACAAUUUACUCUUUGAAGGAAGUGCAGUCUGAAAUGAGACAGAGCUGUAGAUGAUGCUAAGACCUAAAACUGGCUGAUGGAGAUGUCUCUGCUAUCUGAUCCAAUUCACUUCUGACACAUCAUCCAUCAUGUCUGCUGCUGGUCUACUGACAUGUCAAGUCAAGGCGAUGUUAUUUAUAUGUAUACCCCAAAGUCACCGAUCCCAGUUGCUGAUCUCAAAUAGAGAGGUGUCACUCACUCACUGUCAGGUGCAACCUUUUACUGGCAGGUGGUGUGUAAAUCUUGUAGCUUAUAAUGUCAUAGUAGAGUUUAAUAAGUAAUUGCAGUAAGCUGUCACUGAAGCAUUCACAUCAUAUAGGACGGAUGGUAGAAAUGGGAAAAGAUUCUCAUAUUUACUUGCGAACAUUCACGGUGUAAGACAACUGAACAUGGCUGCAUGAUGAGUGUUGGUCAAGUGAGGAUUAAAAAUAGCCACUAUUAUGCUAGUAGAGCAACAGCUGCAGACCAGGCAUCAAUCAUUCCUCCUGUUGGGCUGCUGCAGCUCCAUGUUAAACUGAGCAUGGAUGCUUUCUUAAAGUGCAUCUUUGGAGCCAGCUGGGAAAGGGAAGAGCUCAGUUGAACAUCACUGUCUCCUUGUUGAAAUUUCAGUUCAGUAAAACACUAACAGGCUGUCCAUUACAAGUUUGAAAGAGAACUCAACUACAAGACCCACAGAUCUUUGCUGUCAGAAACCUUGAAUCAGAGAGGUGUAGGAUUUCAAGAUAUUCAGAUUACGCAACUGACAGCAUUCAGACUCUUUGUUGCACAUUUCCUCUCUUUUAUUUCCCUUUUCUUUGAAUAAGAGACUGUUCCUACAAUGCAGAAAAAAUCUUUUUAUUUAUUUUUUUUUUCAUGGUGACAUCUUUGUGCAAUGGACUCCUGGCACAAGUCAGCAGAUGAUUUAGACUGAAUGAAGUCACUCACAGGCAUAAACACUUGCACAUUUUUUGUACUGCAUCUUUUUAUUCCCAGUUAAAAGGCAGUGUUUGCAGAAAUGUCUGUAUUUUUGGUAGUUCGGUCCAUCUCUACAUUUUGCUCAGCCACUAAAAAGUGUUCAAAGUACCCACUGAUCUCAGUGUUUAGUGUUCUGUUAAUAUGUACAUAUAGUGAAGCAAAGUUUUGUUUUAAAGGAGUUUGGAUGGAUUUCAAAGCAACCUCACUAUGCCAUUUUUUAAAUCUACAGUGAAUCACUGAACAGGAUAUUUUCCUGUGAAAUGUUUCCCCAGCUGGCAGGAAAGACAGACAUAACUAUCAAAAUAAGAAUAUGACUGUAAAAGAAACAGUACAAUUUUGAAUCAGUUUUUGGAUAUUUCUCCUAAAUGUAGAAAAUUGAACUGCAGUUGGCAUUUUGCAUUGAAAGGUUGUUUUUUUUUUAUUUUGGAAUUUGGUCAGUCAUUUUUGUAAAAGUUAGUAUAUGAAUGUGACAGGAGAAGAAAUUGAUUCUUGCAGGAGGUGAUGAAAUAGGUAAAGCGGGAGGAAGCAGAGGAUGAGGGAAGAAACGAGGUAUUACUCCGGUCUCAUGAUCUGUCCCCAGUUCUCACUCAACCCAGUUGUUUUGGGUGAUCGAGGACGUCCCAGUCUGUUAUAUCUGCUCUGAGAAGCAUGAAGGAUGCUGGAGGAGCCAUCACUAAAGUUUUUUAUGGACCAACAUGCCCCUUUAUCAGAAAUCAGUUGGUAAUUGGUCAUUCAUUUCAGAUGAAGGAUCUGAGGUAAGGAAGUGUCAUGUAAUUAAUGAUGUGUUUCCUUGAGUCCUCUUUUCCCACAUGUUUUCCUUGUAUUUUGUGUUGCCAGGACUAAGACGAACUGACAAGCAAGGGAAAUGUGAAUGCAUAUAAGAGGCUUGGGAUGUACAGUACUCAGAUCUACAGUCAUGGAGAAAAGGGGACUUUGAAUGUGAAGAACAGCAACUUUAGCUGGCUGAAAAUGACUCAUAGUUGGACAUUUUUCUAUCUUAAAGCACUUAAAGUGGAAAACAAAACAAUAAAAUCUGCCACUAUGA